AUGGGAGUCCUGAAGCUUAACAGCAAGAACCUGUCUCAGAUCUCCACGGCAGCCAGCGUGCCGCUUGAGAUCCCUACCUACCAGCGUGGCGACGCUGUCAAGGAGGGGAUCGUCCACAUUGGCGUCGGCGGCUUCCACCGAGCUCACCUGGCUGUCUAUGUCAACCAGCUCAUGCAGAAUCAUGGAGUGACCGACUACGCAAUUUGUGGAGUUGGCUUGCAGCCCUUCGACGUCGGCAUGCGCGACGCCUUGGGUUCUCAAGACCACCUCUACACCAUCGUUGAGCGUUCCGCCAAGGGCAGCGUUGCCAAAGUGAUGGGCAGCAUUAACUCCUACCUCUUUGCCCCUGACAACCGCGAGGCUGUCAUUGCCAAGCUAGGACACCCCGAUACCCAUAUUGUGUCGCUUACCAUCACCGAGAGCGGCUACUACUAUAACGAGAACACGCACGAACUCCAGAGCGAGGACCCCGACAUUCAGCAUGACCUCGACCCUGCCAACGAUAAGGCCCCUAAAACAACUUUUGGCUUCCUCUACCAUGGUAUGGCACGGCGCCGUGAGCAGGGACUGAACCCCUUCACUGUUAUGUCCUGCGAUAAUAUGCAGGGGAAUGGCGCUAUCACCCGUAAUAUGCUUGUCUCUUUUGCCCGUCUACGCAACCCCGAGCUCGCGGAGUGGAUCAACACGAACGGUCACUUCCCUAACGCGAUGGUCGACCGCAUUACCCCUCAGACAUCCGCCGCCGAUAAGGUAUCUCUCGCAAAGGACUUUAACAUUGAGGACUCGUGGCCUAUCGUCACGGAGCCCUUUAUGCAGUGGGUUAUCGAGGACCACUUCUGUGACGGCCGCCCACCAUUCGAGAAGGUCGGGGUACAGAUUGUCAAGAACGUUAAAAAUGUCGAGGAGUUCGAGAAGCAUAAACUACGUCUGCUUAACGGCAGCCACGCCAUUAUCGCCUACGGUGGCCAGCUGGCAGGCUAUAAGUACGUGCACGAGGUCAUGGAGAACCCACUGUUCAGCAAGUUUGUCUGGCAGAUGAUGCAGGAGGAGGUGAAGGCUACCCUCCCAGAAAUUGCCGGUGUCAAUAUCGAUGAAUACUGCAAGACACUGGUGGAGCGUUUCUCCAACCCCCCGAUCAUGGACCAGCUACCCCGUAUCUGCUCCAACGGCACUGGCAAGAUUCCCCAGUUUAUCAUGCCCACCAUUGCUGAGGCUAUCUGGGUUACUGGCCCCUUCCGUCGCUUGUGUUUCACCGCGGCCGCUUGGUUCCACUACAUCCACGGCGUCGAUGACAACGGCAACAAGUUCGAGGUCGUUGACCCCAUGCUCGAGGAGCUCCAGACUAGGGCUCGUGCUGGAGGCACCAACCCUAUGGAACUGCUUAAGAUUAGAAACUUGUUCGGUGACGACCUGCGCAACGACAAGCGCUUCGUUGAGACCAUGACCACCGCUCUGGAGGAAAUUUCCCGCGAUGGCGUCCUCAAGUCUCUUCCCAAGUACGUUGACUAA